AUAAUAUUACGCUCAUUCUGUUUGCAGUUACUUCGCAAUAAAGCUGAUGUUAACGUAACAAACGAACACGGCAACACAGCGUUGCACUACGCCUGUUUCUGGGGUGAUCAUGCAGUAGCAGAAGAACUAGUGUCCGCAGGAGCUUUGGUUUCUAUUGCCAACAAAGAUGGAGAUACUCCACUAGAUAAAGCUCGUGGUUCAUUGGCAAAACGCUUACAUGAUCUUGCCGUGGAGUUUGGACAGGACUUGAAGAAGAUUCAAUUUAAAGAUCAGAGUUGGCUUGGAUUAAAGACCCGCAGUCGUGAUGCCACACUUUCGAGGCACAAAGGCAUUAACAUGGCUGAGUUGUCACUUCACACACACUUGGCAAGCACUCCAAGCGGUGAAACUUGGCGUGGACGAUGGCAAAAUAAUGAUAUCGUCGCUAAAAUUUUGAAUUUGCGCGAAUGCACAGCUCGGAUUUCACGUGAUUUUAACGAAGAGUUCCCCAAGCUAAGAAUAUUUUCACAUCCAAAUGUCUUGCCAGUUCUUGGAUGUGUAAAUCAGCCUCCGCAGCUAGUGACAGUCUCCCAGUAUAUGGCUAGAGGAAGUUUGCACCGAUUACUUCACGGUGGAACGGGAGUUGUAUUAGACAGUGCACGAGCUUUACGUUUGGCGCUAGAUGUUGCACGUGCAAUGGCAUUUUUGCACGGUCUUGAAAGACAAAAUCGAUGCCGGUUCCAUUUAAAUAGCAAACAUGUUAUGAUCGACGAGGAUUUGACAGCACGUGUCAAUAUGGCUGACUCGAAAUUUUCAUUCCAAGAAGUCGGACGUAUUUAUGAACCAGCUUGGAUGUCGCCAGAGGCUUUAAGCAAACGACCUGCUGACAUUAAUUUGGAAGCUAGCGAUAUGUGGAGCUUUGCAAUAUUACUCUGGGAACUUGCCUCGCGUGAAGUUCCGUUUUCUGAUUUAUCGCCGAUGGAGUGUGGUAUGAAGAUUGCACUGGAAGAUUUACGAGUUGAAAUUCCCCAUGGGAUCUCUCCACAUUUGGCUAAACUGAUCCGGAUUUGUAUGAAUGAGGAUUCUGGCAAGCGUCCAUCUUUCGAUAUGGUGGUCCCGAUACUCGACAAAAUGAAACGUUGA